AUGGCGGCCCCUUCUCAAACUGUCACCGUCAUUGCGGCCCCCUCUCACAUUGCCAACGUCAUGGCGGCCCAAUCUCACAUUGUCACCGUCAUGGCGGCCCCUUCUCACACUGUCACCGUCAUGGCGGACCCUUCUCAAACUGUCACCGUCAUUGCGGCCCCCUCUCACAUUGCCACCGUCAUUGCGGCCCAAUCUCACAUUGUCACCGUCAUGGCGGCACCUUCUCACACUGUCACCGUCAUGGCGGCCCCAUCUCACACUGUCGCAGUCAUGGCGGCCCAAUCUCACAUUGUCACCGUCAUGGCGGCCCCUUCUCACACUGCCACCGUCAUGGCGGCACCCUUCCCACACUGUCGCCGUCAUGGCGGCCCCUUCUCACACUGUCACCGUCAUGGCGGCCCAAUCUCACACUGA